GGUACGUGUCUCUUCCCCCGGCGGACUCCAAGCCACUCUCGCGAGACUUGGGGAGAGAAGGGAACCAAGAUGUCCGAGUACUGGAAGGACCCAGAGGGCACCAAUUGCCCCAAGAAGAUCUCGGUCACCACUAGCCUUUCGGCCGUCGUCGGUCUGCUCGCCUCCUCCUGCCAGGUGGUGCUCCACCCAUCAGACAUCGUCUUGAAGUCGGUCCAGAGGGUGGCGUCCACGACCCUCACCAUGGCUGCUGUGGGCGCCAUUUUCGGGGCAGUCACGUGCACCACCGCGAAGGCGAGCAAGGAUCCCGACAGCCCCCUCAACUACUUUGCCGGAGGCUGUGCCGCGGGCACCAUGUUUGGGGCCAGAGCUCACAGCUUCGCCGUCGGCACAGCCGCCUGCGUCAGCCUCGGCACUGUCGCCACUGUGGUCAAGUUGGGCAAGAUCGAAGGAGCAACACUGUUUGGCCCACCGAAACUCUAGGCCCCCAACUGACCGACCGCCUCCAACUUCCCUAUUCCUGUAUGGUAAAUAUUGCCCGGGGUACGCCUUCCACCGGAACUCGGCCGAGACUCACCGAUGCUCGUAAGCAGCAGAUGGCAAACCCCUCAUCUGUAGAGGACAGAGAGCGCCGGCUUUGUUUCUGAAAUCCUGCAGGACUACGUGACCCUCCCUCUGGUCCUCGGAGGGAAAUUUGGCCGUGAAUAAAGCGCCAGGCCCUGUGGUCCUUCCUCCUGGGCUUGGCUUUCUUCCCUCCA